AUGAAGUGGUCUUUCUGGACUUUGUCAAAGCAGCAGAAUGAAAUACCGAAUGACGAGGAGUUAGAGAAAGGGCUGCCCCGAGGUCUAGGAGCACUGAGGCCGGUGAACGAACUACGUUCUGAUCAAAACUACGACAUGAAUAUUGUUGCCAUUCAUGGCUUGGAGACUAAUUCGGAGAGAACCUGGGUUUACAAGAAGGGUGGGACCGAAACCGAAUGGUUAAGAGAUCCACAGAUGCUACCACAGGUCGUUCCGAAUGCCCGGAUAUUCACAUAUGACUGGGAAGCAAACUUCUACAGGGACAGUACUGAUCAAACACUCAGAGAACAUGCAACCUCGCUUCUGGCCCAUUUAAAAGAUAAGUUAGGUUCGGAACCGAAGCCAAUCCUGUUCAUCGCAUCUUGCUUUGGUGGGCUGGUCUUGGCCAAGGCCUUGGGAGAAGCAAAUUCACAUACGGGCUCCUACCAAAAUAUUUUGCUGUCCACCAUUGGCAUUGUGUUCCUUGCAACUCCAUUCAAAGGGACAACUGUAGCCAACGUCGCUCGGUGGCAGGUUUCCAUUGGCAAUUUUCUAGGGGAGUGGUCGUCUGGAAGCCUGAUAACGAGACUUGAUGCCAAUGACGAGUUACUUAGAGAACUACGCAUUUAUUUUGGCAAAGCCGUUCAUGAUCCCCAUAUCGUUGAAAAAUCUUCUGCUUGUCUCCUUGAUCAUGACGCAGUCUCGCUCAGUGUAACACACUCCAACAUGAACAAGUUCUCAGGCCCAGAAGAUCCAAAUUAUGUCGAAGUGCGUAUUAAGAUCAAGGAAUUUGUGGACAAGAGGUCGCAAACCCUGGAUAAUCGCAAGAAAUGUAAGUUGAUCAUGUCUUUUGAGUACCCUACUGGCCAUGCCUCCACAGUCAUUUUUCCUAACUUACUAAAAGCCAGAAAGCCUUUCCGUUGUGGCCUUCCAGGCAAACCGGAUCGUGAGUUUGUCGGACGCGAGAACAAUUUAAGCAACAUUCUUGAACGUGCCCAGCAGAUCAACACAGCCAGUGCCCGCCGCCUAACCGUGAUUACUGGGCUUGAAGGAGUAGGGAAGACCCGACUUGCAUUGGAAGCGGCAUAUAAAAUAGCAGAAACUCAUGAAGAUUGGGCUAUAAUGUGGAUAUCUGGAAAUAGCUACGCCAAAUUCAAAGAGGGCUACUGCCGGAUUGCUGAGUUUCUUGAGGUUAAUCCGCGUUCUGGAGAUGUCGUCAAACUCGUGAAUGAGGAGCUGCUUAUGAGGCCUGUAGACUGGCUUCUCGUGAUUGAUGAGGUAGAUGACACAGACGAAGGGGGCCCAGAAGGGAAAGGUUGGAGACUUACCAAAGACAUGCUCCCGGAAGGCCAGCGGGGCCUUAUCUUGAUGACCACAUGCGACCGCAAAAUCGCACAUGAUAUGAAAGGAGAAAUCAUUAAUCUUCACAAAUUGAGUGACGUUGAAGCCAUACAGCUCUUGGAGCAGUCAUUCAAGGAUCGUCCCUCAAAGUUGCUCGACAACCCCGAAGCUCAACGCAAAUUGGUACGCUUCUUAACCUCACUUCCCCUAGCUAUCGUGCUUGCCUCCAAUUACAUGGCCGCAACCGAAACAAGCGUGACACGCUAUCUCCAACUUUGCGAGAAGCAAGAUCGGAGAUUUAUAAGAAUGCUGUGUCAGGGAUCCAGUGGCCGAUACCAGGAUGACGAGGAAGUCAGGGAAGCUAGGGACGCAGUUUCCGCAACAUGGCUUGUUUCCUUCCAUCGGAUAGAAAAGAAAUAUCCCAAUUGCAAAAAGUGUCUCGAACGCAUGGCUUUCUAUCAUUCCAAGAAUAUUCCUUAUGACAUGCUGGAACAGACAGCAGAAGGGGUGGAUGUAGAGGACGUGAUCGACCGGUUGGUGGAAUAUUCCUUCGUCACCAAGCUCAGCGACCAAGGUUCGGUGGACAUCCAUCAGCUGGUCCAGCUAGCAAUGAAGAAUUGGUUAUCUCGAAAGCAAGAGCUGAACACAGGCGCAACAUCAGCCAUAAAUGACUUGUUGGCUUCACUCCCUUUUCCCACCCCACAGUCUGAGAAGAAAUGGAGGGAAAGAAUCCGACAUGCAGAGGAGGCUUUGGGGUAUAAAGACGAGUCUGUUUAUGAUCACUCCACAUGGCGUCUUCUUUACAUGGUAGGCCAGGCCAAUUUUCUGUUCGGGGAUGAUAAAAAGGCCAAAGAAUAUCAUGAAAGGGCAUGCAAGAUGGAAGGUUUGCAGAUUGCCAGCAAGGACAAUUCUGCCUUGAGUUCCCGGUGCCGAGGCGAAUACGAGCAAGCAGAGAACGACUAUCGAAAAGCAAUAAAGGGAGGAAGUGAAAUAGAGAAUCAGAUCUUGGAUUUAUCCAUCAAGAAGAAUCUCGCCUGUACCUUUCUUAUUCAGGGGAAACACGAACACGCAAGAGCAGAAUACCAGAGGGCAUUAUGGACAGAGAUGGAACUCUUAGGCGAGGAGCACCCCUCGACCAUAUCUACUAUGGAUAGCCUCGCAUUUGUCCUUAAGUCUCAGGGUAAAUCUGAGGAUGCAACGGACUUAUAUCGCAAGGUUCUCGAGAGAAAGGAAAGGAGACUGGGUAAGAACAAUAUGUCCACGAUCACCAGCAUUUACAAUCUCGCAAUGAUGUACCAACGCGAGGGGGGCAACAUCCAAGCUGAAGAGCUGCAUCAAAAGGCCAACAUCCAGGCUCAAAAUCUACAUUGGGAGGCACUGAGACGAAAAGCCUCGUUGCUGGGGGAUAGUCAUCCUUCCUUACUCUCAAGCUAUGAGAAUCUCGCACUUGUGUUUGAAAGGCAAGGAAACUAUAGGCGUGCAGUGGAAGUACUUGAGAAGACAGUGGAGUUGAAAAAGAAAAUACUGGGCGAACGACAUGCUUCGACUGCGAGAAGUGAGAAAGACCUAAGAAUUGCGAGGGAGAAUUUAUAG